AUGCACUACUUUCCUAAUUCACCAGGACUGGUAAUCACUUUCAGUCAAGAUAGAUUUUUGAUUGUUUGGCAGUUGGUGGAAGGAUCUAACCUGUCAGUGAUCCUUAAAGUACCUACAAUGUCUGCAGGUGUUUGCUGUUUAGCUCAAUCUGAAUUUAGCAAUGGUCCCUUAGUUGCAGGUCUUUCAGACGGUUCCAUCAUAUUUUGGAAGUUUCCUGCACCAGAAUUGUUUGGUGAAAGAAAUUCUUCUGAUAAUCGAAACAAAGAAAAGUUUGUUUCAAUAUCACCUCGAGGAUGCAAAUCAUCUUCCAUAACCACGCUGUCUUGUCAUCCUUUACCGCAGUUUGAGAAUGUUAUUGCUUAUGGCACUGAAUCAGGUUGUGUGGAGAUUGUAGAUAUUAAUAAGCUACGAAAAAUGAAAUCACGACAGCCUAAACCGCAGCUGUAUGCAUUUGGUUCAACUGUGUAUCGAGUUGCCUGGGGGCCUUUACUAUUUUCUGAUAUAUAUCGUAGAAAGGCAAACAAAAGUGAACAGAGAACUAGCGAAAAUCAUUCGAAAUCUGAUAAUUGUAGCAUUUCAACAAUGCAUAUAAUUGCACAAGAAGAUGGGAAUUCCACCGAGGAUAACGAAGCCUCAUCUAAGUUUUCUUUCUACGUUUAUAGCCACAAAAUUCCCCCCCCUUUUCCGGGUACUACAGAUGAAGACUGGAAAGCAUUGAUCCAUAGUGAGAUAUCAUUCCGUCUUGUCAGUAAAUCUGAACUACCGGGUGUCGAUCUAAUUGCUGAUACUUUUAACUGUUUAGUAGCUGUUGGUUAUCGUUCAGGUGAAGUUGACAUUUAUGGUUUCUUACGUUCGAACUCAUCAAAUUGUGAGGAGGUGAUGGAGAAGGAGUCUAGACGACUUGUCUUUAUUUGUCGUACUGUGAAUUAUUGCAAGUGUGUUAACUGUUUAACUUGGUGA